CGGAAACAGGACAGAUUUUUUUGCUGCCAGCUCUGGGGCCUCACCUGGGUUGUAGGCAGCGGUGAGUGGGAUCACGACGAGGUUCGGCACCUGCUUUCUGAGGACAACUACUUUCUGAAGCGAGCUUGGUCUUCCUGGUGCCCGAGAAGAAGGUCAAUAAAGGGCUGAAUCUCGCGGGUGCUGGGGCAGCUCCCGCCUCCGGACCCCUAGGAGUUUAAGGCCUGAGUGAGACAAUGACAGUUGAAGCCCAAAGAGGUUAAGUGGUUUGCUCAGGGCCACACAGCAGUGAGUCCAGAGCACUGAGCUGAGGACCCUGCGUGUCUGUUCAUUCGGGCCUGGAGGCAAAAGCAGAUGCGGGCUCUGCAGUGAGCGAGGCCUGGCGGCUGGAGCAGUGCAGGCCCCGCGUGUCCAUGGAGCUGCUGGCUGAGGGGACUCCUGCCCAGCUCCGCCUGCCUGGCUCGGAGAAACCAGAGGCCUAGGCGCACAGGGGUGGGUGUCGGCAGACAGAUGCUCCCCAGGCUGCAGGGUUUCCUGCGUGGACUGCUGGGCGGGUGUGCCAGAGGUGGAGGAUGCCGGCCAAGGGGCGCUACUUCCUCAACGAGGGCGAGGAGGGCCCCAACCACGACACGCUCUACGAGAAGUACCGCCUCACCAGCCAGCAUGGGCCGCUGCUACUCACACUCCUGUUGGUGGCCAUCACUGCCUGCGCCGUCCUCAUCAUCAUCGCCUUCAGCUACGGGGACCCCUCCAGACACCAGGCUGUCCUGGGGACGGCGUUCUUCACGCUUGCUGUGUUUGUGGCUCUCUACGCGCUCGUGUAUGUUGAGUGCCUCGUCCGCCGGUGGCUCAGGGCCUCGGCGCUACUCAUCUGGGCCUGCCUUGUGACGCUGGGCUACGUGCUGGUGUUUGACUCAUGGAUGAAGGAGGCCUGUGACUGGGAGCAGGUGCCCUUCUUCCUGUUCGUGGUCUUCGUGGUGUACACACUGCUGCCCUUCAGCACGCGGGGUGCCGUCGUGGCCGGGGUCGUCUCCAGCACCUCCCACCUCCUGGUGCUCGGCGCUCUGAUGGGGGCCUUCACCACGCCCAGCGUCCGGGUAGGGCUGCAGCUGCUGGCCAACGCUGUGGUCUUCCUGUGCGGGAACCUCACGGGCGCCUUCCACAAGCACCAGAUGCAGGAUGCCUCCCGAGACCUCUUCACCUACACUGUGAAGUGCAUUCAGAUCCGCCGUAAGCUGCGCAUCGAGAAGCGCCAGCAGGAGAACCUGCUGCUGUCCGUGCUGCCUGCCCACAUCUCCAUGGGCAUGAAGCUGGCCAUCAUCGAGCGGCUCAAGGAGCGCGGGGACCGCCGCUACCUGCCUGACAACAACUUCCACAGCCUCUACGUCAAGCGGCACCAGAACGUCAGCAUCCUCUAUGCUGACAUCGUGGGCUUCACGCAGCUGGCCAGCGACUGCUCCCCAAAAGAGCUGGUGGUGGUGCUGAACGAGCUCUUCGGAAAGUUCGACCAGAUCGCCAAGGCCAAUGAAUGCAUGCGGAUCAAGAUCCUGGGCGACUGCUACUAUUGCGUGUCAGGCUUGCCCGUGUCCCUGCCCAGCCACGCCCGCAACUGUGUGAAGAUGGGGCUGGACAUGUGUGAGGCCAUUAAGCAGGUGCGGGAGGCCACAGGCGUGGACAUCAGCAUGCGUGUGGGCAUACACUCGGGGAACGUGCUGUGCGGCGUCAUCGGGCUGCGCAAGUGGCAGUAUGAUGUGUGGUCCCAUGACGUGUCCCUGGCCAACAGGAUGGAGGCAGCUGGAGUCCCUGGCCGGGUGCACAUCACAGAGGCGACGCUGAACCACCUGGACAAGGCGUAUGAGGUGGAGGACGGGCACGGGCAGCAGCGGGACCCCUACCUGAAGGAGAUGAACAUCCGCACCUACCUGGUCAUCGACCCCCGGAGCCAGCAGCCGCCCCCGCCCAGCCUACACCUCACCAAGUCCAAGGGGGACGCGACCCUGAAGAUGCGGGCCUCCGUGCGUAUGACCCGCUACCUCGAGUCCUGGGGGGCGGCGCGGCCCUUCGCACACCUCAACCAACGCGAGAACGUGAGCAGCAACGAGACCCCUGUGCCCCACGGGCGGAGGCCCAAGGCCAUUCCCCUACGGCGCCACCGGACCCCUGACAGAAGUGCGUCCCCCAAGGGGCGGUCAGAGGAUGACUCAUACGAUGAUGAGAUGCUGUCAGCCAUCGAGGGCCUCAGCUCCACGAGACCCUGCUGCUCCAAGUCUGAUGACUUCUACACCUUUGGGUCCAUCUUCCUGGAGAAGGGCUUCGAGCGAGAGUACCGCCUGGCACCCAUCCCGCGGGCCCGCUACUACUUCGCUUGUGCCAGCCUUGUGUUCAUCUGCAUCCUGCUCGUCCAUGCCCUGCUGAUGCCCAGGAUGGCGGCUCUGGGUGUGUCCUUUGGGCUGGUAGCCUGCGUGCUCGGGCUGGUACUAGGCUUGUGCUUUGCCCGUGAGCUCUUGAGGUGCUGCCCAGCCCGGGGCGCGCUCCGAGCCAUCUCCGAGAGGGUGGAGACGCAGCCCCUGCUGCGGGUGUCCCUGGCCGUCCUGACCAUCGGCAGCCUGCUCGCCGUCGCCGUCGUCAACCUGCCGCUGAUGCCUUUCCCGGCCCCAGGGCUGCCUGCUGGGAACGAGACGGGCCCGGGGGCCGUGGGCAGCUGGGAGAGGACCCUGUGCAAGCUCCUCCCGUAUUACACCUGCAGCUGCAUCCUGGCCUUCAUCGCCUGCUCUGUCUUCCUGCGGAUGAGCUUGGAGCUGAAGGUCGUGCUGUUGACAGUGGCCUUGGUGGCCUACCUGGUGCUCUUCAACAUCUCCCCGUGCUGGCAGUGGGACUGCUGUGGCUACAGCCCGGGCAACCUCACCAGGACCAAUGGCACCCUCAGCGUCCUGUUUGCCAACCCCGAGAACGUGAGCUCCGAGGGCAACGAUCUCCCAUCUUGUUCACUUUCCCGUGGGCUGGCCCUGCGUCUGGGCCUCGUGCCAUCCCCUGAAUGUGGGGGGCUUUGGGCGGAAGUGGAGAUGACGCCUGCCUUUCCCCUCAUACCCGGCAGCUCCCCGUCCUGUUCAUGGGAUCUGAAGACAAUGAUCAAUUUCUACCUGGUCCUGUUUUACACCACCCUCAUCAUGCUCUCCAGACAGAUUGACUAUUACUGCCGCUUGGACUGUCUGUGGAAGAAGAAGUUCAAGAAGGAACACGAGGAGUUUGAAACCAUGGAGAAUGUGAACCGCCUUCUUCUAGAGAAUGUCCUGCCAGCCCAUGUGGCCGCCCACUUCAUUGGUGACAAGUUAAAUGAGGACUGGUACCAUCAGUCCUAUGACUGCGUGUGUGUCAUGUUUGCAUCCGUGCCGGACUUCAAAGUAUUCUACACGGAGUGCGACGUCAACAAGGAAGGGCUGGAGUGCCUGCGCCUGUUGAACGAGAUCAUAGCUGACUUUGAUGAGCUGCUGUUAAAGCCCAAGUUCAGUGGUGUGGAGAAGAUCAAGACCAUCGGCAGCACGUACAUGGCAGCUGCAGGGCUCAGCAUCCCCUCAGGGCACGAGAACCAGGACCUGGAGCGGCAGCACGCCCACAUCGGCAUCAUGGUGGAGUUCAGCACCGCCCUGAUGAGCAAGCUGGAUGGCAUCAACCGGCACUCCUUCAACUCCUUCCGCCUCCGAGUUGGCAUAAACCAUGGGCCCGUGAUUGCUGGAGUGAUUGGGGCACGAAAACCUCAGUACGACAUCUGGGGAAACACGGUCAAUGUUGCCAGUCGAAUGGAGAGCACUGGGGAACUUGGGAAAAUCCAGGUUACUGAAGAGACAUGUACCAUCCUCCAGGGACUAGGUUAUUCUUGUGAAUGCCGUGGACUGAUUAACGUCAAAGGCAAAGGCGAACUGCGGACUUACUUUGUCUGUACGGAUACUGCCAAGUUUCAAGGGUUGGGGCUGAACGGAGGGCUUUAGGUAGGUGCAGAACGUGCUGGAAGCCGAUUUCCUUCCCUGAAGCAAGCCGGGGGGAAGGCUCAGCCCCACGGCGGUCACAAAGGCAGUCCAAGGGUUUGGCCAUUACCACCCCCAGCAGGUGGUUGUGCAUGGCUUCCCUGAACUGGCACUAGAGGAUUUCUCAGCUUGAGGCGACCACCAAGCCUUACACACAGGCAGCCAGAGCCUCUGUGCUGUCGGAGUCUGCAGCUCGGCCUCCAGCACAGCAGGGAACGGCUCAUUUGUGAGUUUUAGACCCUCAUCCCCCCGGGUGCUGUGGAUGAGACCUCAGAGCGUGACCUGGAGACCCCUGCCCACCCCUGCUCCCCCUUGGCCUGUGAGCUGCACAGGCGAGACUCGUCUUUCUUUCUUUUCUUGUCCAGGAUGGGUGGAGACUCCUUUCUCCCCAGCAGAACAGCUACAAGAGUCCACGUUUCUCAUACAGGCAUUCUGGUAAAGAGUUGAAAGGGUGCUUGUUUUAAAUCUAUAAAUGGUUUCAAGCAAUUGGGAGAAAACCCCACAGUGGACACUUCUUACUUCUUGUCAUCUUUGGUAUGUGUCUGUUUUAAAUGGAUACAUUGUUAAUGGAGGUAUUUCUUAUCCUUUAAAUGACUUCUGAGAUGCUAGACAAAUUAUCUUCUCUGCAGCGUAGUCUCUGCCUUUGUAACCACUGACACGUAAGUGGGACCACUGUCCAGUGUGAGCAUAUGAGAUCAGCUCAGCUGUGGGAUGGAGCUCAGAGGAAUGCGGCUCAUAGCAGGAAGGCAAGGAGUGUCACAGCCUUGGCUUUGAAUCAAACAACUUUGAAGCCAGAAUUUUGAGAUUAGGUUUAAUAUGAGAAAAGCCUAGAAAAUAAGGUAUAAGCUCUUAGCCCUUCCUUGGCUCCUCAUGCAUUUUUGAGCACCCGCUGCAACCUUCAACUCUGUCUUAGCUUUAUACUGGAAAGGAAUGGAGUCUGUGUGGAGAGAAGCUGGACAGCCUGUAGUGCUUUCCUUUCCUUCAGUCCUCAUAGCUAGCUCUGAAGAGCUUCAAAACUAAGAGCAUCUACUCAGCAUCAGCACCUGUAGAGCUUCCUGUAUCUGGGAGGCCAGCCCUCUCACAGGUGCUCCGAUGUCCUUGUUCUCAACUCAAUGAAUCAAGGCAAGGGAAAACGCCAGGUCUGUGAGGUGGUGUCUUACAGCACUUUAGCUCUAAAAGAAUGGAAAGAAGUCUACCUAUGUUGUUUCAAGGUGAGAAAUAAUAAUAACCAAACUGCCCGUUC